UGAAAAAUCUCGGACUGUCACCUUCCUUUAGUAAGGUUCCCUCUGGACGGGUUUGGCUUCUAGCUAUCCUUUAUAUUGGGAAGGGGGUUCAACAGGCUCGUCCUCCCCUCCCCCCCCCCGGUUCUUAAUCCCGUUUCAUUUGACAUGACGGACACAGACGGGCUCAAUAUUCUGUAUGAUAUCAUUAGAUUAACUUGUCAAACUUUAGUUUACGGCAUGUACAUAAUCAUCAUGCUGGUCUGCUCCUUUGUUAUGCUGAAGAGAGGUCUUAGAGGGAAAUCGCGUAUUUUGCUGUUCUGCAUACUGGUUUUCAUGUUCUCCUUUUCAACGGCCUAUUGGAUCGUAUCGAUAUGUCAAGCCGUGUAUGUCAUCACCAUCUCAUUUGUGCAUGGCAUCCCUCUGGAAAGUAUAGCGUUUUCGUACGGCGAAAAACAAGACAUAAUGAACGCUCUUGUCCUCCUGAAUUAUGUGCUAACCGACGGCAUUGUCGUUUGGCGGGCAUGGGUAAUCUGCCGAGACGAGUAUAGCAAAUUUUUGAUCCUUCCUCUCGUAUUCUUAUGCUUGACCCUCUUGUCCGUUUUCGUUACAAUCGGAUUGCGCGUCACGAUAACUACCAUGUCCGUCAGCCGGCACAUCGUCAUGGACCAUACAGCCCUGACCCACGCGCUUAAUUAUUCCCAAAUAAUAAACUUAGCCCUGUCAUUAUUGACCAACAUAUUUUCUACUUUGAUUGUCGGAGUCAAAGCCUGGCGUCAUAGACACUGGGUUACAUCCGAACUUCAGAUGAGGCGGACAAAAAUAACUUUAGCAGGACGGGUUCUCACUUUGUUUGUCGAGUCCGGGAUCAUUUACUGUCUUUCUGGAAUAAUAGCUCUGAUUGCCACUGAGAUUCAACUUCCCUUUGGCAAUCUCAGCGAUGUCUACACUCCGAUCCAGGUCCAGUUCGCGGGGAUCUAUCCAACCUUGGUUAUUCUUCUCGUCAGCCGCCAAGGUGAAUUAAACGAGACUGCCAUGUUCACGUUUGAGGACAAACGCAAUCCCCCGGAACAGCCAUUGAAUGUAUCCAAUUUGGGACCCAUCGAGUUUGGCGAUAAUCAGAAUAUGAACGGCUCGUUUGGAGAAACGGAGACCCUUGCGGAUGUUAGACAUAGCAGGUCAUCAGUAUUACAGCGUUCUCAGGAUUAGCGAGCUGGACGACGCUGGCGUUGUUUUCCUUUGCAUUAACAUGACCGAAGCUCUCUACUAGAGUGGCGAACUAACUACCCUUAGCCCUUCGGUGUGUUCUAUAGUAGACAGGAACUAGAGAGCUUCCCUUCAGGAACACUUUGUCGCGAUAGAUUAAUUUCAAACGAGUUUCCGGUAUGAGCGAGCUUCAGAACUGAUAUCCGUUCCGUCGCACCACCACCAUCGAUUAUUGUAGGCAAUCAACGACCGGAAUGACCCGGGUCUUUGGCAAUGUCCUAUGCAACGGCAUUUACUGGCGCUCGAGGUACCUUCUAUGGUGAGCGGUGAGUGGGAGUGUUCCGAUCAUAACAAUCAACCACCGAUGAGAUAUUGAUACAUGUAUCUAUUUCAAUUGUAAGCAAAGAUAGUCUAGGACCAUCUGGUAAAGUAGAUCAGCAUUGGUUGUCGUGAC